ACUGUCUAUAUAUACACACACACACACAUAUGCACAUCCAUGUAACCCGAGGGGCCAAUAUUUCUUUGGAGCUGUUUUUCAUGCAUGGUAUGAGCAUUUCCAUUAGGGGGGAGAACAAGAUGAAUAAGCUGAACCUUCUCUUUGGAUUGGUGGCGUUGUUUUCUGGAUUGGCUGUGGGGAGCUGUAUCCAAGGCGAUAGAACUCCGAGAGCUUCUGAAAUAUUGGCCAAUGUCGGAGAAGACAAUGAUGAGGCCGGCCUUCUCAUGGUACCCCUCACCCUCAUCCAAUCCGCAUCUGGAAAAGGAGCCGUAUGUUUAGACGGGAGUUUGCCUGCCUAUCACUUUAAUCCUGGAUUUGGAUCAGGAGCAAAUAGCUGGCUUGUUAAUUUAGAGGGUGGUGGCUGGUGCAAUGACAUUAGAACAUGUGUCUACAGAAAGACGUCUCGGCAUGGCUCAUCAAACUACAUGGAAAAGGAAAUACCAUUUACAGGCAUAAUGAGCAAUGAUCCCGCAAUGAACCCUGAUUUUUACAACUGGAACAGAGUCAAGGUUCGGUACUGUGAUGGUGCCUCAUUCAAAGGAGAAGGCUAUGACAAGAAUGCAAGCUUGCAUUUCAGAGGCCAACGCAUUUAUGACGCUGCCAUGGAGGAACUCCUGUCCAAGGGAAUGCGUGAUGCAGACCAGGCUCUUCUUUCUGGAUGCUCUGCAGGUGGUCUUGCAGUGAUACAACACUGUGAUGAAUUUCAUGGAUUGUUCUCUGCCAUUACCAAAGUCAAGUGCCUUGCUGAUGCUGGAUUGUUUCUUGAUGCUGUUGAUGUUGCUGGUGGCCGCACCCUGAGAAACUUCUAUGAAGGCGUGGUAGAUCUCCAGGGAGCAGUAGUAAAUUUACCGAAGAGCUGCACUUCCCAACUGGAAGGAGCACUGUGCUUCUUUCCACAAAACAUAUUGAACAAUAUUCAGACCCCAAUUUUCCUUCUGAAUACAGGGUAUGAUGUAUGGCAGAUUCAAGAAAGUUUGGCCCCCAAAUCAGCAGAUCCUACUGGUUAUUGGAAAUAUUGUAAAAAAAACUAUACAACUUGUGAUGCAAAACAAAUUCAAUUUUUACAAGGAUUCAGAGAUCAAAUGCUCAACACUGCAAACUUUAUCUCCAGUGCCAAGCAAAAUGGUUUAUUUAUCAACUCUUGUUUUGCUCAUUGCCAAACAGAAAGGCAGGACACCUGGUACGGAGAUAAUUCUCCGCAAAUUGGAAACCAGACGGUUGCAAAGGCUGUUGGUGAUUGGUAUUUUGAUCGUGAGGAAGUGAAGGCGGUUGACUGUGCAUACCCUUGUGACAGCACUUGUCAUAAUCUCAUAUUUAGGGGAUCCUAGGUUGUAAUUUACAAGGCCUCUUGGAUUUAGGUCAUUCUCUAUUAUUGAUAUCCAUGGCUAUAGAAAACCAAGAUGUAUAAGUGAAUUAUUCAUAUCAAGUGAGAAUUAAAAAAAAAAAUUAUAAGUGGCCAA